UCGCUUGAAAGCACUGAAAGCGCGUCUUCUUCCAUUGUUUUCCUUCUUUAGAAUACACCGUCAAUUUCCUUUUUCCCCUCAGAUUCGGAAAGAAAAUGGCAGCUGAAAAUGAUACUUCCAGAGCCGGAUCCGGAUCUGGAUCUGCUGCCAUUAACGGCGACGUGAGUGCUGACCGGAAGGUCGCUUUGAUCACUGGCAUCACGGGUCAAGAUGGUUCGUACCUGACCGAGUUCCUCCUCAACAAAGGCUACGAAGUCCACGGCUUGAUCCGCCGUUCUUCCAACUUCAAUACGCAGCGUAUUAACCACAUCUACAUCGAUCCGCACAACGCCCACAAGGCUCGGAUGAAGCUCCAUUACGCUGACCUCACCGACGCUUCCUCGCUUCGUCGCUGGCUCGACACUAUCCGGCCCGACGAGGUUUACAAUCUGGCUGCGCAAUCCCAUGUUGCAGUCUCUUUUGAAAUCCCUGAUUAUACUGCGGACGUGGUGGCCACGGGAGCCCUCCGAUUGUUGGAAGCCGUUAGAUCCCACAUAGCCGCCACGGGUCGGAGCCAUAUAAAGUAUUACCAAGCUGGAUCGUCGGAAAUGUUUGGAUCCACUCCUCCGCCGCAAUCUGAAAACACCCCAUUUCAUCCCAGAUCUCCAUACGCAGCUUCUAAAUGCGCUGCGCAUUGGUACACUGUGAAUUACAGGGAAGCUUACGGGCUUUUCGCCUGUAAUGGAAUUCUGUUCAAUCACGAGUCUCCGAGGAGAGGAGAGAAUUUCGUGACCCGGAAAAUUACUCGGGCCGUUGGGAGAAUUAAGAUUGGGUUGCAAAGCAAGUUGUUUUUGGGGAAUCUGCAAGCAUCGAGGGAUUGGGGUUUUGCUGGGGAUUAUGUGGAAGCCAUGUGGAUGAUGCUGCAACAGGAGAAGCCAGACGAUUACGUGGUGGCUACGGAGGAGUCGCACACGGUGGAAGAAUUUUUGGAAGUGGCAUUCGGGUAUGUUGGGUUGAAUUGGAAAGAUCACGUUGUGAUUGAUAAGAGGUAUUUCAGACCUGCUGAAGUGGAUAAUUUGAAAGGUGAUUCAAGCAAGGCAAGGAAGGUUCUUGGCUGGAAGCCAAGAGUUGGGUUUGAGCAAUUGGUGAAGAUGAUGGUUGAUGAAGAUAUUGAGUUGGCUAAGAGAGAGAAAGUGUUGGUUGAUGCUGGUUAUAUGGAUGCCCAGCAACAACCUUAAUUUAUAGCCUUUAAAAAUUUUCUGAUUGGAUGGUUCUCUAGAGCUUAUAUAGUUGGGUUUAAGAAGAGGGUAUUUAUUUGAUGUUUAAUUUAAUUUAAGUUUUUCCUUUCUUUUUAAAAGUUUUAUGUUGUUUGAUUCAUUUAUCCAGGAAGUUCAUAAGGAUGUAACUCUGAAUUUUCAUUUUGAGUAAGGAAAGCCUGAAAUUUGCAGUUAA